AGUGCAAGUGCGGUUAAGUGUCAAAUUGUCAGUCGUAUUAUCUAUCACUCAUCAGUGAAAUUGUUAAAAAACAAAAUCUUGCUGGUGAUUGAUUACUCAGUUGUGUUGAAGGUUUUUAACAAUGAGUUUUUAAAAUAAUGAUGGUGCUACACUUUUUACCUCCGAUAAGGAUGAGGGGAAUACAGGAGUUGUCAGACAGGAGACAUUCUCCUGGGGGACUUAGUCUCCUCCUCAGUAACUAGCUCAGCAGCACAGUCGCAGAAGUUUGCUUCAAGCUAUGCGAGGUGGGCGGGCAGUGAGGAUUGUGGUGGCUCCCCAUGCACUAGGCCGCCGUCGCACUGCUAGCUGUCUGCGCACUGCCAUAUUCUUGUUCCUGGUUACAUUCGUUUGGCUGCAACUUCAUAUGUCGAAUCUAUCAAGCUCCUCACAUCAGGAUCAGGUUUCUGAGAACGACUCUUCACAAGCAAUUCUCAGUAUGGUACCACAGGUGCUACACAAGUUCCUGACAAGCCGUCCACGCAACCUGUCCCAACACUUGACGUCCAACUUCAGUGAAGUUCCUCACCAGCUGACGAUAGAGGAGAUCAAACGGAACAUCAUGAAAUACAACUCUGCCCAGAUUGUUCACAAUGAAGAUGUCUUUGGACCUGUGCAGAAUGACACCAUCAUCAUUGUCAUACAGAUCCACACUCGUCUAGUAUAUCUCCGACAUUUGAUUGUGAGUCUGGCUCAGGCACGUCAUAUAGAAAGUACUUUAAUUAUAUUCAGCCAUGACUUUUAUGACGAGGAAAUCAAUGAGCUGGUCCAAAGUGUAGACUUUGCCAAAGUGAUGCAGAUUUUCUACCCUCACUCGAUCCAGACUCACCCCCACGAGUUCCCGGGCGAGAGUCCCGGGGACUGUCCGAGAGAUAUAACUAUAGAACAGGCUGCCAUCCGCAAGUGCAUCAAUGCCUUGACACCCGACCUGUAUGGCCAUUACCGGGAGGCUAAGUUCACCCAGACUAAACACCACUGGUGGUGGAAGGCCAACCGAGUCUUCAACCAGCUGGAAGUUACAAGGAACCAUACUGGACUGGUUCUGUUCCUGGAGGAGGACCAUUUUGUUGCUCAGGAUUUUCUACAUAUCCUGCAUUUAAUGGAACGCACUGCUCGUGUCAGCUGUCCCUCCUGCAACAUACUCUCUCUGGGGACAUACCUCAAGACUUACAAUUACUUUGGUGACGCCAAGAAAAAGGAAGCUCUCCGAGCCAUGAAACGUCAUCAGACUGUGACUGCUGCUGCCAUCCCCCCUUCCUGGACAUUCCAGGUGCUCCCGUCCCUCUAUCAGCACUACCAGAAGGCGGAGGUGACGCCUUGGGUGAGCAGCAAGCACAACAUGGGGUUUGCUCUGAACCGCAGUGUGUGGCUAGAGCUGUGGAGUUGUGCCAAGUACUUCUGUACUUAUGAUGACUACAACUGGGACUGGAGUCUACAACAUGUUUCCCAGACCUGCCUGUCCCACAAGCUACAGGCCAUGGUCAUGCGAGGUCCGAGGGUCUUCCACAUAGGAGAAUGUGGUGUUCAUCACAAGAAGACCAACUGUGAGAGCACAGGUGUAAUAUCUAAGGUGCAGAAGGUGCUUGCCAAUGCUGCCCGUCAUCUUUACCCAACACAUCUCACUUUGACAUUCACCAGUGGCACCAAGAAACACAAGCUACGCAAGGGUAACGGAGGCUGGGGUGAUGUCAGGGACCAUCAACUCUGUAUUAACAUGACCCUCACUCCACCAGCCAGAUAGAGGACAGUUAGUUACCAGUUCAGUGAUUUUAUGUUGUAAACAUUGUCAUUGUUUUAAAUUUUAACUUUUAAUCUUGUGUCAAAUAAUAAUUUGACCCUAAAACUACAUUUUUACUGGAAUAACUUAGAGACAUCUUGAACAAGUUGAUGAAACAACAACGAACUCGUGCUAGCUUUAGACUUGCUCAUGCAUGUCCUGAUAAACGUGUUAAUUGGAUGUAGAAAACCCAAGUAGUCAAUGUUGCAGUGGAGAAUGAAAGAACUGGCAUAAUGUUUUUAUAUUCUUAGCUAUGUACAACAUUUUCUUUAGACUCGGUUGGAAUUUGUUUUGCAUCCUUAAAUUUGUUUAGAUAUUUAUUUAGUAGAUUGAGUUAUUUUUGAACAACAUUAUGUUUUUAACUUUUUGCUCUAAAAUAAACUUAAUAGUAUUUAUUUAGUCGUUGCUUGUUAUUUUUUUAAAGGUAUUUUUCUAGUUUCCUAUAAUUUGGCAAAAAUAUUUUUUGUCGUAAACCUUGAGAUAAGUAUUAAUUAUUAAAAACUAUAUUUUUCAUGAGUUAACACUCUAUACAAGUAAACAAUGUCACUUAAUACAGUAGAACCCCGGUUAACUGAAAUAAAGGGGAGAGAGCCGUUUCGGAUAACCAAUAUUUUGGUUAACACGUCAUAUGCCAAAAAUAGCCUAUGUAUUACCACAGUGUGUAGGAAAAAUUAAUUUAAUCAAUAUCUAUAAUAAUACAGUGUUUUAUUUCAGCUGCAAAAAUGUUAUAAUGGGUUAAACAUAUUUUCAACUAAACCACUGAAGUUACUAAAGCAUAUUUUAUCCCUGUAUUAUUUUGUGGAACCAUUUUGGUUAACCUGGGUUUCGGUUGAUCCGAAUUCGGUUAACUGGGGUUCUACCGUACAUAGUUUGUAAAAUUUCAAUUUUGUUAUAAUGAGACUUAGAUUUUUCCUAAGUUUCAGUUAUAAAAAAAAUUAUAACAAAAAUAUAAAAUUUGUAUUCCCUAUAACCAUUGAAUAAGUUAUUCCUUACUGAUAUUUACUAUUUUACUAAGCCUAGGGAAAUGUGUUCUCAUUUUAAGUCUGACACUUGACUCAUGUCUUGUGAACCUAAUUACAUUUUAUAUUUGUGCAUUUUGUUACAAUUUUAUUCAUGUUUUUAUCAAGAUUAAAUUUUAUAGGUUUAAUAAAAUUAUUCCUAGAAGUUUAUUUUACAGUUAAUGGCUUAUACAAACUAGUUAGCUAGUCGCUUAAAAGUUAUUCUUGAGCCGAUUAUUACAAUUAGUUUAACAUGUCUAUUUAUGUCUCAGAGACUUGAGAAAUACUGUGCUAUGUGGAUGUAGGGGGAUUUAUAGAUUUUUAUACAACUUUUGUUAGUACUAUACCAGAAGUGUGGUGUUGUUCUGAUCUAGUCAAAUCAAGUCCUCGUGUUACCAGCUCACGGAAGCUGUGUCUUCCAAGGUGCUUAAAUCAAUUCUACUUCAGAUUUGUUAGUUUUGGUAACUAACCUAUAACUCAGAUAAACUAUAUUUUUUGCUACAGAUAUAGUUAUAUGUAGGAUUUAUGCUGAUGAUGCUCACUUUGUGAUUUAAUAUUAUUUUAGAAGAUUUAUUAAGCAUGAAAUGCUCAUCAUUUAGUUAAAUCUUUAAAUUUAGCUUGUGAUAUUGACUGAACCAUAAUGUAAAAGAACUUUUAAUUAUCCCAGUAACCUAUACUGGGUGUCCACAAAGUCUUGGCCUGAUUUGAUAGCUUUGCUGUACGAAAACCAUUUGAGCCACACUUAACUUAUAUGCCUUGUUUUGAAGGGAAUUUAAUCAAGUUGUGUUUAUUGAAAUUGAUAACACCUAAACACAGCUGAUUGACAACAAUACAGUUAUGAUUCAAUACAAUAACAAAUCAGAAAUGGUGAGUUUACAAGAGUAAUAAUCACAGUGUGUUUUGUUGUUUUACGAAAACCAAUCCCCUAUAGCAGUUUGACGACCUUCCAUUUAAGUGUGAAGAUUAACAGACACAAUAAUUGUAGAAUUUGGGAGACUGACAAUCCCAGGAUCGUGGUUGAAAAUGAAAGGGACAGUCCAAAACUAAAUCUUUGGUUCGGUGUAAUGCAUGAUGGAAUCAUUGGACCAUUUAUCUUUGCGGAAGAAAAUUUGAAUAGGUUUGUUUACUUGGAUAUGUUGGAGUUGUACUUAGUCCCCCAAUUAGAAGAACUGCAACUUUUGAUAAUUUUCCAGCAAGACGGUGCUCCGCCUCAUUGGGCUAAAUAUGUGAUGGAUUUUUUUUAAUUUCCACUUCCCCGGACGCUGGAUUGGGCGUGAUGGCCCGACGAAAUGGCCACCUCGUUCCCCCGAUGUAACCCUCGAGGAUUUCUUUUUGUGGGGAUUUGUCAAGGACACUGUCUAUUCUUCCUAGUUUCCUAAUUUACACACACUGCGGGAGAGAUUCAGAAAUUCUGUGAUGUCUGUAUCCCAGGAUAUGCUGACUAAAACCUGGGACAAACUGAAAAGACGGAUAUAAGAUCUGCAGGCCACUGGAGGCCUACAAGUAUACUUAAUUGUGUUACGUUUGUACAUAGUUAUAAAAUCUUAAGAAGUUGCCUGUUGUAUCUGUAAAUGAAUCUUUAUCCUACUCUCACUGGUUUUCAUACUAUGCGGUUUCCUUAUCAGACCAAGACUUUGUAGACACCCUGUAUUAUAUUAAAUGUCCAGUGAUCCACAAGCUACCAUUUACCAAUGUAGAUUUAGUUACUGUUUGUUGAUUUAUAAGAAUCAGAUAAUCUACCAAUACUACAUUAAAAACUGUCUAAUUUGAAAAAAAUCUCAUCUUUGCAUUCCUCUACAAUUUGUGGGUCCUGGACAUUUCCUUUGAAAUUUUUACAUAUUUAUGUUAGUACUAUGUGAUGUUUUACCUACCAGAAAGUAGUUGGAAAGUAAUGAUUGUUCUAUUAGUCUAGUCUGCAUUUACUUAUUAGUUUUUUCUUAUUUCAUAAGUCGUCAGAAAGUGCAUCUGUAUAGUGUAAACUAUGUGUGUACUUGUGUGAACGGGAAUGUAAAUAUAUAUGUAGGUUUGUAUAAAA